AUGUCUGCCUUUGAGGGCACCAGACAGUCGUCUCCCCCGUCGCCAACGCAGCAUCGACAGCAGCAAUACCAGCAGCCUGCCCAGCAGCAGCAGCAGCAGCAGCCAGUCUAUCGGCCGUCCUACCCGCAACAACAAUACCCCCCUCACCAGUACCAACGACCGCAAUAUCCGCCCCAGCAGCAGCAGCCGCAGCAGCAGCAACAACAGCCGCAACAACAGCCGCAGGGACAGCAGCAGGGACAACAAUACCAGCCUCCGUACCUGCAGCAACAAUACCAGCCGCCCCCUCCUCAACAAUACCAGCCGCAGCAAUACCAAGCGCAGCACCCUCAAUCCCAGCAGGAAGAGUACCUUCAUCACCAACAGCAGCAUCAAGAGUCGUCGCCGCCCCAGUCACCGCACGACGAGUUGAGCAGCCCUGUCGAGCAGCCUAAACGUACAGGUUCCUUCAAAGGCCUGCCCCCAAUCAGGCGCGGAUCUACCUUUGGGAUCAGUCUUAGAGAGGCCACCUCGAGCGGCAUGAUCGAUGAUAGCGAUAUCCCGCCCGUCCCAUCUCUCAGCCCGAGCGCCGACAUUCCCGACCACGCACUCCUCGGUAGCGACGUUGCGGCGCCUCUAGAGAACGGUACAAACAUCUCCAUUGGGCAGAACAGUGAGGUCACUCUUGUUGGUGCCGAUAGCAGCCGGACGAGGCGGACAUCGUUGGGGUUCAAGGACUCGAACCGGGACUCGCAACAUAAUUCCCAUCGCUCCUCCUCUGCGAGCCAUUCUCUGCAGAUUGACACGGCUGCAGCCAACGCUGGCAACGAGAUCCCCGAAGUUCCACAGGUUCCGCCGCAGUUUGGACAGCAACCUCAAUUCGUUGCGCCCCCACCCCAGUUUGCCGCGGCCCCAAGUGGUUGGGCGAUGCAAACGAGCAACCUGCAGGCACCUCUGGUCCCGGUUGCCAGGAAGCGUGCUGGGACCAACAGCAACAGCUCUCCCCAACAACCUGCUAAUUUUGGCCUCGAAAAGGAGACAGGGGCUGAGCAAAACGACCCCAGUCAGACCUUUGGUAAUCCUUCUGGUUUUGCAAAGGACACAGGCAUGAGCGCUGCUACGCCCGUCUCCCCAAUCCAAUCCACAUAUCGUCCGUCAGGUCAUCCGCCGUUACAAUCACCUACUCGUGCCACUCGGCCCAGCAACCCACCGUCCGCUGCUGCGCGUCAUCCUGACUUGUUUCCUAACGUGCCCCAGUCUCCGACUACCACGAGAGGUCGUGCCGGCUCAACUGGCCAGACCAGCACCCACUCCGACCAGCAGGUUUCUCGCUUCUCGAUGGAUAGUAACGAUCGACAGCAAGACCGACCGCCGCAAGGGUGGACCGGAGCCAUCAAAAACAAUAGCCCCAAGAUGGAUGACGAUGGCCGAUCAAGGAUGAGCCUGCUCAAGAAUAUAAGCAAUCGAAUUAACCAAUUGCCACAAAGAGACAGUCGAGGUCUGGUACCUGAUCAUCACAGGCCUCAUUCAACCGAGCCCCAUAUGCACGACGACGACGACGAUGAUUCAGAAAUUUCACUGGAAAACCCCCCGCAACCAAGGAGGAAGAGGACAAGCGUCUUGACGGGUACCGCCGUUGGCAAUCGUUCGUCCAUGGAUGACAUACGGUAUGGAAGACCGGGAAGCCCGACCAAUUCUCACAAGGCCCCUUCGACCCACUCUGAAAAGAAGAAGUCGCUUUUCGGGAAGAUCACACAGUCAGGGCGGUUCAAGAGUGGACUUGCGAAGUCGACGACGCUGGGCUCGGUCAAUGAGAGCACUGCAACUAGCAGUGUGAAUAGCAAUGGCUCCACCCUGAAGAGCAAAUACUUUGCUGGUGGUUUCAGCGGACUGGCAGGGAAGCUGAAGCGACAAGGAAAGGACAGCUCGCAACAACCAAGCCGUCCCUUCCAUGGCCAGCCGCUUACUGUAGUCGGAAGUAGUGACCACAUACCAAGUGAGCCGCCGUCUCCUAAUGGUGGUGGGUUCUUCAGGCCAAGGACUGGUUCCACAGCCGCCGCACCGCAGCCGCCACCAUCAAUUCCUGAGCACGAGCAGGAAAGCCGACCGCGUCGUGGAUCGAUGUCGGGAAUGUUCAGCUCCCUACGGGGGAAGGCAUCUGCGCAACUGAAGCCAGAUGAGGAUGGUGUCAAUGGUCGUGCUGAGACACCACCCUUAUCUGCACCCCUACGACCACCUCCUCUGUUCGCACGAAGUAGCUCUCCCACGGGCCCGAUGGAUCCCGACAACGAAGCGAUGUACCAGAAUGGCCCCCGUAUGGGCGGUAGGCCCAUGUCGCAAGGCCAGCAACAACAACAAGUACGACCGUCGCCCCUGGCCCAGGCUCAGUCCCAGUCUCGUUUGGACCUCGAGACGUCUUCCGUGGAAUCCGACGAGGAGGAUCAUCUGGUUGGACAUAGGGCAUCAACCAGCCCAAGCCUCACCACCGCGAGAACGUCUGGCCCAUCUCAGAGAGGCUCCGGACCCGCAGCCCCCAAGCAAGAUCACUCAGACCCGUCUGAUUAUGCUUCGAGGCCCAUUGGUAGUGCUGGCGAGACACAAGAUCUCAACACCCACCCAGCAUACAGGGGACCGUUCGCUACCAACGGCAUCCCUUCUAAUGAAGGCGCCUUCGGCCCUGCUAGGCGACAGCCUACUCCACACUCAGGAGCAUUGCCUGCAUUCCUGGCCUCCGAUGCGAAGCCGGCACUGGGUCUUCGUCGACCGAGUGAAGACAGAGCAAACCAGGGCAUUUUGGCCCGAAAGCCAGUGCCCAACCCAGUGCCAAUUCCAGGCCCUGCGUCGGCGGCCAUGACCGCCCCUAGGCCAGCAACACCAGACUCAGUAUCCGAGCCUCCUGUAAGUGCUGCCGGUGCGUCGGGCUGGGGCUCCACCACCGAGGUCCCGCUCCCGGAAGACAAGACUCUCCAGCAGGUCAAGCCACUGCCGGGGGCUCCAGGAUCUCCCCCUCCUCAAGGUAUCGUCUCGGAACCUUCCAUUCAUUCCAUCGGGCCCGCAAGCCGAAGGUACCCCUCUCCUCAGCCAUCCGCCAUGUCUGUUAUCUCCUCGAUGCACAACCAGGGCGAUCCUGCUGGCCGUGACAGCAUAUCUGCGGCUCGAGCUGAUCCUCAAAAAUCGGGCUGGAAGGCUUUGAGGGACAGGGUCUCCAGCGGUCUCACUCAACCCAAGGCGGAAAAGGAAAAGUCCUCAGGGGGCGGUAAGCUGUUCAGUGUCCUCAAGAGAGGCUCAAAGGCACCAGGCCCUAUCAAGGGGAUUGAGGAAGAGAAUAUUGGACAGCAGAAUGGGCCACUUCCAAGCCCACUCAACCCGGGGCAGCAACUGCCAGGAUCUGGGCAUAGGCCCAUGUACACGGUGGUUGCUCGUCCAGGCCAGAUUCCUACUGGCGCUGUUCCCGUUAGCCAACACGGCCAAGGCCCUCCACCAAGCCACUGGGACAACCCACAGGCUCUUGGGGCUCUUGGCCGUGGUCAGCCCACGAACGGAGAUGGUCGCCCACAGCAGCCUUCUCGAAUGCAGCAGAUGCUGACCAAGGCCCCGGAGCCUCAGUACGGCUCGGUUCCAAUUCCCAGGGGCUACACUGCGGUCCAUGGUGAGGGAGGCACUGUGCCUACGAGUUACCGCGUGGGUCCUCAGCCACACUCAUUCCCACAGGGACAACACCAGCAUCAAGGGCAGCCAUAUCCAUAUGGAGCACAACAGCAAGCUUACUAUGGACAGUCGCCCCAGGGACAGAUGCCGCAAUCCCCUCUGCCCCCAGGAUCACAGCAAGGCCCUCAAUCGGAUGGACAGCAUGAGCCCUACACCAUGGUCCGCAAUGGUUCCGUUGCGGAGUCCCAUGCACCAAGCAUCGUAUCGGUCCCCCCUGGGGCCCAAGCCUCACGCGAAGCGCUGAAUCCGGAAGACGACAGGAAUCCGGACGCGAUGCGAGGCGCCCGGCCUCCACAGAUCGUGCAGCACCCCGACCGCUCACACGAAAUCAAUGUUGCUGGUGUUCCACCCACACCUGCUUCCCAAGAUGAGUUCGUAUUACCCAUCCAGGGCGCAGGUUCAACGCAGAACGGUCCACAGCUGUCUCAGCCGACCGGCCCUGUACAGAUUAACGGAUCCUCGGCUAAUGGAAACAGGCCAAACAUUCUACGUGGAAACAGCAUUGCAUCGGAAGGAGCACGAAGCAACGAGUCGGGAGUGAUGGGGAUCUACAGUCCCAAGGACAGAUCGGUUGACCGUGAACUCCACAAGCCAAACGCGCUGCACCUCAAAGUCAGCAACCACAACUUGACUUCAUCCGAGGUAUCAAGAGAGAACAGCUCUGCCUCAUCGGAAGGCCACGGUCAAGAGCGUGUCGCGCAGAGAGUGGAGGUGAUCAAGGUGGUAUCACCGACUAAUUCAAUCAGCAACGACACCAUCAAGGGAGGCCCCGGAAGCAUCAGUGGAUCGUCGCGCGCUCGAAGCAUUGAUGUGCCGAACCCCAGCACGAGAUCCAGAGCAGGAUCAAAGUUGGCAGCGGAGUCAUCGCAGGACACUAAGCGAGUUACGGCUCGGGAUAGCAACGAUGACCUCUACGACGCCACUCCCAAGAUCAAGCAGGGCAAUGGUAAGCCGGCUACCAGUGGUCCGGAGACCCCCAGCAAGCCCAAAGUGCCUGCAAAGUCACCUGCGGAGCGCAAACCAAAGGCAGCAAGCCCUGUGCCCCUGGCCAAGGCAGGACCUUCCAUGGCCCAGCCGAAGGCUGCAUCUCCCGCACCCCCGGCAAAGACUACACCUCCUUUAGCCCAGCCGAAGGCGGCCUCACCUGCGGCUCAGGUCAAGGCCGUCUCUGCGAUCCAGGCAAAGCCAGCAUCUCCUGUAGCACAGGCAAAAGCAGGCUCCCCUGUCGCUCAGGCCAAGGCAGCAUCUCCUGUCACCCAGGCCAAGGCGGCAUCUCCUGUCACCCAAGCCAAGGUGGCAUCUUCUGUCGCCCAAGCCAAGGCGACAUCUUCUGUGAGCCAAGCCAGGGCAGCAUCUCCUGUGACACAGACAAAGGCAACAUCUCCAGCAACGCAGCCAAAGUCAUCGGCUGCAGGGUCCGGCGAAGGCAGUCGAGGAUUCACCGUGGAGCUGGCUGACACGGCAGAUGCCCGCAUGAGAACCCUCAGACUCAACGAGCAGGAGGAGAAGAUCUUCUACGAGCCGGAGGGUGAGCCGCCCAAGAUGACGGCAACAAGCUACCCGGGUCAGGAGUGGAAUCCAUACGGCGAGCCUGAAUUUUGGAACGACGAGUAG